AUGGCAGACUCACACAUUACAAAUCAGAAGAUCACCAUGUUUUUUAUUCCCAAAGCAGAGGCAGAGAGCGUGAUAAUCAGCAUUCAUUUGAUCAAGAAUCAAAGCCAUUUGAUAAAUCAAAUGUCAAGUGCUACAGAUGUCAUAGGUUCCAGUAAUCAUAUGUGUGGUGACAAGUCAGUAUUUUCUGAUUUGGAUGAAUCCUUUCGAGGUAUGGUGAAAUUUGGAGAUAACUCAAAAGUCUCUGUCAUGGGAAAAGAUUUGAAGAGCAAUUUGCUUAGUAUGGGGCAGCUACAAGAGAAGGGAUAUGGGAUCGUCAUUAAAGCAGGAACGUGCAUAUCGUCAUUAAAGCAGGAACGCGUCGAAUUCAAGAUCCAAAUAAGGGCUCUUGUUGAGAAAGAAGUUAGGAGAGCUAUCAAAACUCUUCGAACAGAUCGUGGUGGAGAAUACACCUCACGAGAAUUUGCAAAUUUCUAUGAGAUGCAUGGCAUUAAAAGGCAACUUACAAUAGCCUACACACCACAGCAGAAUGGCGUAUCCGAGAGGAAAAAUCGUACAAUCUUAAAUAUGGUGCGGAGCAUGUUGACUAGGAGAAAUGUCCCAAAUAAUUUCUGGCUUGAGGCAGUGAAUUGGACGUAUGCUCAUAUUCCAGAUGAAAAGAGGAAGAAGCUCGAUGACAAAGGAGAAAAAUGUAUCUUUCUCAGUGUUAGUGAACAUUCAAAGGCCUAUAAAUUAUACAAUCCCAUCACCAAGAAGAUCGUCAUCAGUAGAGAUGUGGUAUUUGAUGAAGAAAGAACAUGGACAUGGGCGGUUAGUACUUCAGGGCAGCCCAUUCCAGUCAAUUUUGAUGUUAAAAAUGAAGAAAAUUGUGAUCCCGUUACAUUCCAAGAUGCUAUCAAAGACCCAAAAUGGCAGAAGGCAAUGGAUGAGGAGAUUACAUCCAUUGAGAGAAAUAACACUUGGGAAUUGACAAAUCUUCCCAAAAGGCAAAAGUCAAUUGGGGUCAAGUGGAUCUACAAAACAAAGCUGAAUGGGGAAGGAAAGUUGACAAGUACAAAGUUCGCCAAGUUGCAAAAGGAUAUAAGCAAGAAUUUGGCGUCGACUACAAAGAGGUUUUUGCUCUAG